GUGCGUUGAGCGGUGUUGUGAGUGAGGUUCUGCCGCUCCGCGUUUGUAGUGUCGAGUGUCAGUUGCAAGGUUGACCUUGAUCAUGCCGACCGUUUCCGGUAGCGGCGGUGAGGAGGUCGAAUCACAAGAUGAGGUCAAGGUCUUUAAAUAUGAAGGAGAUGAGGAGGAGAGUGAGAAGCGCUCCUCGGAAAACUUAACUGAAGACAAAAGCAGUCUCAUCACAGAAACAGAAGAGGAUAAGAGUACGCACGUGCCCUCCUCCUCCUCCUUCGCCAGCGCCUCAAAGAGUGAUGGACGCCUCCCAGAGACUUCACCCUUCGGACUCUUCGGAGCGUCGGCAUGGGGUGCUGCGGAUCGCUUGGGAUACUUGUCUCCGUUCGCCUACGCUUACACGAACGGCACUUCGGCAAUGGUGAGUACCUUUCGUCGCCAACUGUUUGUUUGUUUUCUUUUCUUUUCUUUUCUUUGAGGGUCUUGUGGUAUUGCUAAGGUUAUUUGCUGGGUUACUUACUGAUGUUAUGUUUUAAUUGUAGGUUAUAAAUAUUAUUGCCAUUGCUGUCGUCAUAUUUCUAGGAUUAUGUGCGUCUGUAUGGUGUGUGUGCGUGCGUGCUUGUGUGUCUGUGUGCUUACGGAUGAUUUUGUCUUUGUGUCUGUGUCUGCAUAUACCAGUGCUUGUGUCUGUGCCAGUGUAUGUAUGCUCUGUAUGCGUAUGGGUUGGUGUGGGUGUAUAUCCACGUGUGUUUUGUCCGCGCGUGCCCGCCCCCUUUUUAAGCAUGACGGAUCGCCGCCGCAGAGUCUCCCAUGGCUCACGACAAAUUCGAGGGUGAUGUGUCAUAUUCUGCAAAUGAUGGAACUCCAACCGCAACACGUGCUUGGCUAAUGCCGUUUUGGCUUAAGAGAUGAAUUACCACGCGGCCAUUAGCAGGAAUCGACAUAUAAACACGUAUAGACUGAAAAGAAAUCCGUAAACAUUUAAGAAAGGAAGAUUGAUUAUUUUUUUAUUUUCUUUUAAUCACGGACGUGUCUUUUUUCGUAAGGAUAAAGAUCCGUGGGCAGAGUCUUUAUUUAUUCGGAAUUCGUAUUUUUGUUUUGUUUAUUUCAGUCUUGGAUUUUGUUUGUUUGUGACGAUAGCGUAAGUAAAGGGCAUUUUAAGCGAUGGAAAUGGUACUGAGCAUAAAGUAAGUACUGCAUAAUGUGGUAAUGCGAGCGUCGAUGGACCUUACUACUCCAAGGUCUGCAAGUCUUAUCUGUGAUGUGACCUUUGGCUCUGAUAAGGAUAUUGCGUUAGGGAGGCCCU